UCCAUCUCCAUACACUCAAGGAGAGGAAGGCAUUGCACCAUGGCUCUGUUGAACACCGUGCAGUAACAGGCUAGCGUGGAGAUUUUACCGGCAAUCCGUCACCAUCCGCGCCUUAAACAUGGACCUCCAGUCGAGAGGCUUAUUCUGGAUGCAAAUAAGUUGUCAGUAGUAAUUUGAGAAUACUGUAUUUGUCCAUUUUUUACCUUGACAGUUUUUUGCCUUUGCACGCUACGAGGGAUUUAAACAUUAAGUGUCAGUGAGCUAGCAGGCUAACAGUCCUUAUCCCUUGAGCACCACUUUCCCUUUGGACCCAAGACGUGCUUUGACACUGCUUUCAAAACUAAUUUCCUAUAAAAACUGAGGUCAAACUCCAUAUUUGAUUGUUUGAAUCAACACAUCUUACUAAUCCCAGGCUGACCUUCUUGGAGAAGAUAAAAACCUGGGCUUCCUUUUGAAGUUCAGUUGAACGCUAACAUUUCCAAGUUUGGCAGGCAGGUUCGAGACCCCCUCAUGCAGAACCACGUGAAAUGAAUAAACCGCCACAGCCUAUAACAGGACCCCCCUCUGUCCCCCACCCUGCCCCUUCCCCUGGACUGACACAGGCUGCCUUUCCCCCUGGCCAGCCCCCAUCUGUUGUCUUUGCUACACCACCUCCACAAAUGAACACUGCACCGCAACCCCGACAGUUUGCUCCAGGGCCAGGGCCACGCGCUUUACACCAACAGGGUGGAUUCAGGUCUUUGCAGCCCUACUACCCGAACCGGGCCAGUCUGCCCAGCAAUGCCCCUCGGGUCCAGCCCAGCAACCCCCCGCGGCCUGUGGCGCCCACCCAUGUGUACCAGACCAGCUCCCAGGUCAUGAUGAUCCCCCAGCAGCCCCUGCAGUUCCCCAACUCUCAGGGCCCAGCCUACUUCAUCCCCUCCGGACAGUACCGUGCACCGUACAUGCCUCAGGCUCAACAGUACCCAGUGCCCAGUGGAACAGCUGGGUUUUACUCUGGGACCAGUCCAGAAUACGGUUCAUACGAGCCCUCCCUUGCUGCGAGGGAAAGGCGGGGAGGUGGGGGGAGGGGGGCUGGCCGGGAGAACGGCCGCCUUGCGCUGCACGGCGCUCCCCUCACCUCCCAGCGCUAUCCUGCUGGAGCCUACUACCCUGCCCAGGCCCAGUACCCCUCCCCUGUGCAGACCACGCCCGUCAUGAUUAAUCCCACACAGCAGCCACAGGCUCCUCCUCCUCAGCAAGCUCCUCCCCCACCACAGGGCCCACCCAAAAGGGAGCGCAAACAGAUCCGGAUACGGGAUCCUAACCAGGGAGGCAAGGAUAUUACAGAGGAGAUAAUGUCUGGAGGAAGGACUACCUCUACUCCUACGCCUCCUCAGUCUGUUGGGCCUGAGGUGUCGGGCUCUGCACAAACCAAUGGGGAAAGCCUGCCCACUGCUGCUCCUGCUGCCACCGGCGCCACUGCAACGAGAGCAGAUGAGCGAGUUAAGCUGGCUGCCCCAACCCCUCCUCCCCCUGUCAAAACCCCCGAGCCGGCCGUGACUGUUGCCCCACCCGCUCCCAAGGUCAAACCUGACGCAGAGGUCGAAGUGGAUGAUGCAGAGGUCCCCAUCGCGCCCAGCGAGUCAGAGUCCACCACCCCACCGCCUCCCGCCCCUGCCUCUCCCUCUCCCCCUCCAGUGGAAGUGCCUGCCCCAACGCCCGCCCCCGAGGAGGCCAAAGUCUGCGUUGUGGAUGCACCAGCGCCUCCGUCUUCGGGAGCAGCUUCGGCCCCACAUGACGCUGCCCCGGCCCCCACUGCCACGGUUGAGCCUCUGGCCCUCCCACAGGAGGACAAGCCAGAGCCAGCCAAGGAGGAGGAGUUGGAGGAGGAGAAGCAGGAGGAGGUGGCCCCAGUGUCGUCCCCUGAGCCCCCCGCCCCGGUCCCAACUGCUCCCAGCGAGGAGCCCGCUACUGCUCCUGCUCCUGCUCCUGCUCCUGCAGUCGCAGCCCCUGCCGCCAACGGCAGUGAGGAGCCUGCCAAGAAACAGGAAGCCCCAGCCGCCCCGGUAGUGCCGGACACGCCUACCUCUGAACCCGACGCAGAGCCUGAGCCCGCUGAGCCCCAGCUGCCCAACGGCUUGCCCCAGGACCCCGAGGAGCCGCCCACGGCCAAGCCUGCCGAGGUGGAGGCAGUCAUCGAGGCCAAGGUGGUCACCCAAGAGCAGGAGGUCGCCCCUGCCACAGAGGUCGCCCCGGUGGCACAAGAAACUGAGGAGAAGGCAGAGGAAGCCCUCCCAGCCACAACUAGCUGCCCAGUAGAGGAGACCACUACUAUGCAAGCUCCCCUGUCUGUGCCAAAGAAAAAGAAGAAGCUAAAGGACCUGGACAAAAAAGAUGGUGGAGACAUGCUGGAUGCCUUUAAAGAGCCUGAGGAGGAGCCCGCUCCCAAGCCAGUAGCCCCUCAGCCGGAGCCCGUUGAGGCCCGACCCGCCACUCCCCCCGCCCCUCCAGCUGAGGACCCUGACCAGACUUGGGAGGAGAAGGAGGACAAGCUGGACACAGAGAACAUCGAGCCAGACGUGAACAAGGCUGUUGAGCUGAAGUACCAGUACAAAGAAGACCAGUGGAAGCCCAUUAACCCAGAGGAGAAGAAGCGCUACGACCGUGAGUUCCUGCUGGGCUUCCAGUUCAUCAGUGCCAGCAUGAGCAAGCCUGAGGGCCUGCCACACAUCAGCGAUGUGGUGCUGGACAAGGCUAAUAAGACGCCACUGCGUCCCAUUGACCCAAGUCGUCUGAUGAACUGUGGCCCAGACUUCACCCCCUCCUUCGCCAACCUCGGCAGACCAUCCGCUAGUGGCCGUGGCCCUCCACCCGGACCACGGCGCUCUCAGCAGGGCCAGCGCAAGGAGCCGCGCAAGAUCAUCGCCAGCGUGUCCCUGAACGAUGACGUGCAGCUCAACAAAGCCGAGAAGGCCUGGAAGCCAGGUGUCAAGAAGGCUACACGCCGCGGGGAAGAUGAGGAGGUGGCUGAUGACCCUGAGGUGGCCAAGACGCAGGAGCUGUUCAAGCGCGUGCGCAGUGUGCUCAACAAGCUGACGCCCCAGAUGUUCCAGCAACUGAUGAAGCAGGUGACGGAGCUCACCAUCGACACCGAGGAGCGCCUCAAGGGCGUCAUCGACCUCAUCUUCGAGAAAGCCAUCUCCGAGCCCAACUUCAGUGUGGCUUACGCCAACAUGUGUCGCUGCCUUAUGGGGCUUAAAGUCCCAACAUCAGACAAGCCGGGAGUCACUGUGAAUUUCCGCAAGCUGCUGCUCAACCGUUGUCAGAAAGAGUUUGAGAAGGACAAGGAUGACGACGAGAUCUUUGAGCAGAAACAAAAGGAGUUGGAUGCUGCCUCAGAGGGAGACCGCCAGCGCCUCAAUGACGAGUUGGAGGAGGCCAAGGACCAGGCCCGUCGGCGGUCGCUGGGCAACAUCAAGUUCAUCGGCGAGCUCUUCAAGCUGAAGAUGCUGACCGAGCCCAUCAUGCAUGACUGCAUAGUCAAGCUGCUCAAGAACCACGACGAGGAGAGUCUGGAGUGCCUGUGCCGCCUGCUCUCAACCAUCGGCAAGGACCUGGACUUCGAGAAGGCCAAGCCCCGAAUGGACCAGUACUUCAACCAGAUGGAGAAGAUCAUCAAGGAGAGGAAGACCUCGUCCCGAAUUCGCUUCAUGCUCCAGGACGUCCUGGAUGUCAGAAGGAACAACUGGGUGCCCAGGAGAGGAGACCAGGGCCCCAAGACCAUCGACCAGAUCCACAAGGAGGCUGAGCUAGAGGAGCACCGCGAGCAGAGCAAGGUGCAGCAGCUGCUCAUGAACAAGAAGGACAUUGGGGGCCGGGGAAGUGGAGGUGGUGGUGGUGGCGGCGGUGGUGGUGGUGGAGGUGGCCGCGGCGGACCCCACUCCUCAGGGGGCGGCCGCAACAGCCAACCCCAGGACGAGGGCUGGAACACAGUGCCCAUCUCCAAGAACCGACCCAUCGACACAAGCCGCCUCAGCAAGAUCACCAAGCCUGGUGCUUUGGACUUCAACAACCAGCUACUGGCUCCUGGAGGGAAGGGGACCUGGGGCAGCUGGGGAAAGGGCAGCAGCGGGGGCACUGGGGCCAAGCCCAGCGGCGAACAGGAAUCUGGUCGGCCGGCCACCAGCACCCUCAACCGCUUCUCAGCACUGCAGCAGUCUGGACCUCCCUCCUCCUCCUCCUCCUCUGUGGAGGCCGACAGGAGAGUCCCACAGAGAAGCAGCUCCAGCAGGGACCGUAGCGAGCGCAGCGACCGGGACAGGGAGCGAUUUGACCGGUUUGACCGCCGGAACGACAGGAGCCAAGAUCGCCAACGGCAGCCCAUCACCAAGCGCAGCUUCAGCCGGGAGAACGAGGAGCGGAGCCGAGGAGGCGACAGCCGGGGUCCCGGUGACGCCGUGCGUCGCGUGGCCAGCAUGACUGACGACCGCGACCGAGGCAGCAGGGACCGGGGCAGCCGCGACAGAGGCAGCAGAGACCGAGGCAGCAGGGAUAGAGGCGGACACGGCAGGGACCGAAGCAAAGACAGUGUGAAGAGGGAGGCUGCUCCUACUCCCCCUCCCAGCAAACAGGCCAUGAGUGAGGAUGAUGUGGACAAGAAGGCCAAGGCCAUCAUCGAGGAGUACCUGCACAUCAACGACGUGAAGGAGGCAGUGCAGUGUGUGCAGGAGCUGAACAGCGAGUCGCUGCUCUUCGUGUUUGUGCGGAACGGUGUGGAGUCCACUCUGGAGCGCAGCACCAUCGCUAGGGACAAGUUGGGGCAGCUGUUGCGCCACCUGGUCAGCGCCGGCACGGUCACCCCUGACCAAUACUACAAAGGGCUGCAGGAGACUCUGGAGAUGGCUGACGACAUGGCCAUAGACAUUCCCCACAUCUGGCUCUACCUGGCUGAGAUCAUCACCCCUAUGCUGCACGAGGGAGGCAUACCCAUGGGCCAGCUCUUCAGGGAGGUGGCAAAGCCUUUAAUGCCGAUGGGGAAAGCUGCAGUCCUCCUGGUCCAGAUCCUCAACUUGCUCUGCAAAGGACUAAGCCAUAAAAAGGCUGGUGGCCUUUGGAAAGAGGCUGGGCUGAACUGGAAGGACUUCUUGCCUGAGGAUGAGGACGUAAACAAGUUUGUCACGGAACAGAAAGUGGAGUUCACCCUGGGAGAGGAAUCGGAGAAGCCCAGCAAGAAGGAGCUGCCUGGGGAGGAGGUGGGCAAGCAGCUGGACAGACUCCUCAAGGACAAGGCCAACAACCAGAGGAUCCACGACUGGGUGGAGGCCAACUUGGACGAGCAGCAGAUAAGCGCCAAUCAGUUUGUGCGAGCUCUGAUGACCUCCGUCUGUCAGGCUGCCAUCAUCUGUGAGAAUCCCUACAAGGUGGAUGUGGAACAGAUUACCCAGAGGGCCAAGCUGCUGCAGAAGUACCUGUCUGAUGAGCAGAAGGAGCUUCAGGCUCUCUACGCCCUCCAGGCCCUCAUGGUGCACAUGGAACAACCAGCCAACUUGCUGCGCAUGUUUUUCGACACACUGUAUGACGAAGACGUGAUUAAAGAGGAGGCUUUCUACAAGUGGGAGUCUAGCAAGGACCCAGCUGAACAGCAGGGCAAGGGCGUGGCCCUCAAGUCCGUCACUGCUUUCUUCACCUGGCUGCGGGAGGCGGAGGACGAGUCGGAUAACAGCUAGGCCUCGCUGUCACCCCCCCUGCUGUACAGGAGGAGCAGUGCAAGCGAGGCUGCUCGAGGGAGAGAGGAGGAUUUUGUCACUAAACGAACAUGAUGCUCGUUGAGCUGCCCUUCCCUGUUGUCUAAGGGAUGCCCUUGGACAUGACUACAAACUACAAUCUCUCUUCUCUUCUCUCAUUAUCUCCUGUCUCCUCUUUGUGGCAAAUGUCCACCAAAUGAAAAUAAAAAAAAAGUGGGGAAAAAAGAAAAAAAAAAUGAUUCUGCAGGAAUGCUUCAACGCGUUAAGUCAUCACACCAUCAUUUACAGCAUUUUAAAAAGGAAAAAAAAAACCAACAAAAAAUAAGAUUCCUGAAAUGAUACAAACCAACGCUGCUCUUAUGUUAAUAGAAAUAUAAAUGCAACCUAGUAUGUGACACGCGUAUAGAUGAAAUGGUGUCAUAUCCUGUGUUUCUUGGGCAUGAGAGGGCUGUCAUGCCGUGAUGUUUUGUGUGACCUCUGGCCCAAGUUUAUACUCUUACUUAAGGGGGUGUGCGCGCGCAGAGUGAUUGGAGUGCUUUUUUUAAAAAGAGAAAAAAUGUUGAAGACAAGCGUAGUGUUUGCUGACCUCUCAAAAUGACGAAUGGAUUUUGAGCAAGGUCUGCGAUUCCUUUCCUCACCCUCUCCCCUUUGCUUUGUGUUCACUUCAGUGGGGAUGUGAGGAUGAACCAGGAAGACAUGGGAUGGACUUUGACCCUCUGACCUUAACUACUAGGCAAGGUUGACAUGCUUCCUUUUUAAGCCAUCCCUCUCCACCCACCCCACACCACUGCUCCUGCCCCUUGUUCUCCACCGUUUCGUCUGCAUUUUACCUCUUCUGCAUUUAAGAACUGUCUGGGCCUCUGUUAGAAGGCCUGUACCAGAGCAAGCCUGCAGUGUAUUUUUAAGAUGAAAUCAUAAUUAAAACUUGAAAGAAAUCGACUUGAUGAAAUGACACAGUAAUGAUCCUAAAGCCUUUUCUACUCUAAGUGGAAACACAUUUCAGGAGCGUUCUGUACAUAUAUAUUAAAGGGUUUUUUUUGUUUUGUUUUAUUUUUCAGAAAUUAAAAAAAUCGGAUGUAUUGCCAUGUAUUUUUUUCCAGCAGAAGUGGCAGUUUCUCUGUAUUUAAGAUUUCUUUUUUCCCCUCCAGCUGGUGAGAGGUGCUUACAAUGAUCCACUGAUUACAGUUUUAUUGAGAAAAAAAAUGUAAAUAUAUUUUGCUUUCUUUAUUAUUUAAGGAAUUAAUGCUUUUUUCGCAUCAGAAACUGGAAAAGCAGGAGAAACGGAACAUUGCAAAUAAAAGACUAUCAAGUUGCUGA